UUCAGUCACUCCUAUAGCUUGCAACCUAUAAAGAACAUUUACAAACAGUGAAAACUCUCAUCAAGGAAAUGGCCAGAAAAUGGCAGAUCUUGCAACAACCAACAGGGAAGAAAAUUUCCUUCAGACCUAUUUCAAUGGCUUAGCUCAGUCUUCGUUCGAUAAAUGCAAAGAUGCUGUAGAUAGGGAACGUGACACAAAUAAGAAUCAAAAUGGCAUCUGGCCUUAUCUCAUGGGAACCUUAUCUCAACUUGCUACAACUGAAAAAUCAUACAUGGCUCUCUUGUUUCUUGUGCCAAAAUCUUUCCUAAGGAAAGAGAACUCAUUGAAAUCUGCCUAUGAUACUUUAAGAAUGGAAUGUAGACGGACAGAAGAGUUCUCAAAAGUUACACAACUAGAUUUGCUUGUUGUUCAUCUACUUGGCCAACUUGCUCAAUUUGCUUCUGCCAGACUUGAGCUAAUGGAAUUUUAUGAAAAACUGUCCGCCUUUGGUACGUUAAAACAAAACAAUCUGGAAGAACUUCUACCUCAAAUUCAUAAACUGAGUCAAACGAAUGAUACAAAAUUUCACCAUCCAUUAAUGGCACCACUAAAAUCUUCAUUUUCUCAUGAAUGUGAGAUACUUGAACAUUUGCUAGAUGCAAAUGUAGAAAUGGCUUCAUGGAAUUAUCUCCCAGCUCUUUUGAAAAUUAAUGAAACUCAGGCCAAACUGGAUACUUGGGCAAAAAUUUUUCAGUUGAGAGAAACCAGGAGAUUAGGGCUUUUCAAAACACCUACAUCGCCUCAACUUUAUCAGUGGCUGGUGAAAUUCAAGUGUUUGAGUGUUUCAAAAUUCACUCUCUACUUUUAUGAAGUACUUUCUAAAUAUUCCACGCCUCAGGAUUUAAAAGCCUUGUGUGCCAAGCAAAGUUUAGACUAUGUGAAUCUGAUCCAAGCCUUUCAGAGAAAAGCUGAUGCUCGUGCAGUUUCUUUAAUACUUGAUGUGAAUGGUCUUGAUUCAUUCCGAGGACCGGGUUAUGUUCAUCCCAGUAAACCUGUGGACACUCCUAAAGGACUAGAUUCAUACCCUUGUAUCUUCACUUCUCCUGAUAAAUCUAUUCGAGAAAUUCCUUAUUGGCCAAGCGUAAUUAUGCUUCUAGCGGAUCGGAUACAGGAAUUGUCUAAUUACGAGAAGUUAGUUUACGUAUUUGAUCAUAGGGUGCAGCGGACUUAUUUUCUUCAACGUGUGGAGCCGCGACUAACAUUGGUACUGAUAUUUGAAUCAAAACGAAUGGAGAAAGAGAGCUACAUCAUAAGCUUUAUGAAUGAAAUAACCCAACAGCUGAGAGGAACCAGAAUUUUCAAUUGCUUAAAAGGCACUGGAUCAUAAUAAGUUGCUGAAGAACAAGAGCUGCGAAAGAUGAUUUUGCUGGAGGCUCGCGGCCACUUCCGAAAACUUGUUCAAAAUUCUGCGAAUAUUUCUCUGGCUUUUCUUGCGAUAUGGCAAUCGUGUUAAGCACACGAAUAUUUUCAGUGAUUUUUAUUUCCAGUGUUCUUAUCUGAAUCAAUCAUGUCAACUGUUUCAAGAAUAUAUAACAAAAUCCUUCACAAA